AUGAAGCAUUUCAGAUUAUUGCUUGGCUUGGCAUCACUCGCCCCCGGUACCCACGCAGCUUGCACAAAGCCUCCGCAAUACUUGGACUGGAAAACUUUCAAAGGCAAUGGAGUAAACCUCGGAGGUUGGUUAGUUCAGGAGCCAUUUAUUGACACCGACUUCUGGGCCGCCAACUGCGGAACCGACGUUGUGGACGAAUGGACCUGCUGCGCCAACCUUGGUGAUCAAUGCGGGCCGGUUCUCGAGCAGCGAUAUGCAACCUGGAUCACAACGGCCGAUAUCGAUCUUCUUGCGUCUUCUGGAGAUGUAAAGGUCCUUCGUAUACCCACGACGUACUCGGCAUGGAUUGAACUCCCGGGCUCACAGCUGUACCACGGCAAUCAGACGGCGUAUCUGUCGACAAUUGCCAACUAUGCCAUUGAAGAGUAUGGCAUGCACGUCAUUAUCGAUAUCCAUGGGUUACCAGGCGGAAUCAACAAUGGAACAAUUGGCGAGCGAGUUGGCGGUCUAGACUGGUUCUACAAUCAGACCGCCUUUGACUGGUCGCUCAAGACCGUAGACGCUGUGCUCGACUUUAUCGUCAGUUCCGAUCAUCCCCAGUCCUUUACACUGGAGCCCAUCAACGAUCCCAUGGAUAGCCCUGAUCUUGUCGGGCAAGCCUCUUCGCUCAGCGAGGAAGCAGCAUCCUGGCUGUUGAAGUACUUUGACGCCGUGAUCGAGCGCGUGGAAGCAGUGGACCCUCGGCUUCCCACGAUGCUACAGGGCUCAUUCCAGACUCCCGACUACUGGUCUGCCAACUUUACCGAGGGAAAGAACAUCGUGUUCGAUGUGCACUCUUAUUACUUUGCCGGACGUCCUAUAGGACCAAACAACGUUACCGAGUUCAUCUACAGCGAUGCCGUGGCGGCGCAGGGUACCGGCAAGUUUCCAGUGUACACCGGGGAGUGGGCCAUUCAGACUCUCUACAACAACACCUUUGCUGAUCGGGCGCGAAUUUUGAGUGCUGGUCUCGCUGCCUUUGGGAAUUAUACACAGGGAAGCAGCUAUUGGACUGCCAAAUGUACCGGAAACGAUACCGUGGAUGGAGAGGGCACCAGAGCGGACUAUUGGAGCUAUGAGACUUUUAUCGAACUAGGACUUCUCAGUCCCUGA